AUGUUUAAAGUGAUUGUCGUGUUGAUUGCAUCGAUAAGCGUCGCAUACGCGGCCCUUGCGAUAGCCUCCCUGCAGCCAAAGCCUGAGAAAUUCAAGGAUCAAGAAGGAUGUUACAUUAGGGAGUUAGACCAAGUGAUUCCAUUUGGUGGAACCGCUCCCUCUAAGUCCGCCUGUAUGCGUUACUUCUGCGGGGAAAAGAUCGUGCAGCAUGAAACGUGUGGUGUCAAGGUUGCAGCGCCACCUUGCACACUAGUGACCGACAAGACUAAGCCAUACCCAGAUUGCUGUCCUCAACUCUCUUGU